CGUGAAGUUUACGAGCUUGCAGGCAAUCGGCUGGCUCGUCACCGUAUGACUGACUAAUAGCUUGCCGCGACCAGGUGUCAGCCCAGUGUUCUGAUCAAUAUGAUGCAGCCUUGGGGUCCCCCCUCCCCUGUGCUAGAGGAACAUGAGUAUCAGGAGAAUGGGAGACAGGGGAAUAAUGGUGGAUGGGAGAGGGGCAAAGUGGAGAUCGAGCCGAUGCAAGUGGAGCCCGGGGAAAGCUCGGCGAGACGGGAAAGUGUUGCGUAUGUCGCUCCAUCGUCAAGAGUUUUAGGAAGAGGGGAGCUCGUAGUCGACAAGAAGGAGGUCGCGAAACACUAUCUCAAGAAGGGAUUCCUUUUGGACGUGAUUGCUGUGUUGCCCGUUCCUCAGACAGUGAUGUGGAUUAUCAUCCCAGCAAUGCAGGGCAGCCCCGCCAAAAAUACGAAGAAUUUCUUGCGGCUUUUAGUCCUCAUCCAGUACAUACCCCGCGUUUGGCGCAUUUUCCCUCUGAUAUCCAUGUUGCGAGAACCUACUGGCGUAGUGUUUGAGACGGCCUGGGCAGGCAUUGUUACCAAUUUGGCUGUGUACAUGAUUGCCAGUCAUGCAGGUACGGUAUUUGAUCGUUGUUGCUUGGUGGGUGUGCUUUUUGCUGUCAGUUCUCUAGGGAGUAAUUUGGAUGCAAGCUCAUUUAUCGGCGAAGUGCUUUUCUGCAUUGCUAUCUCUUUGAUUGGCCUUCUUCUGCUAGCUCUAUUGGUCGGAAACAUGCAGACAUAUCUGUUGUCUCUCACCCGCAAACUGGAGGAGAUGAGAGUGCACAGGAGAGAUAUCGAUCAGUGGUUGCGGCAUAGGCAAUUGCCAAAGGAGCUACAGGAUCGUGUGCGCAGAUUUGAACACUUCAGCUGGUCAGCGACGAGGGGCGUUGACGAAGAAGAGAGAAUUCGAGAGUUGCCCCCAGAGCUGAGAAGGGAUAUUAAAAGACAUCUGUGCUUGGAUCUCGUGCGCAAGGUCCCUCUGUUCAAUGGAAUGGAUGAACAGCUUUUAGAUGCCAUAUGCGUGCUUUUGAGACCGACAAUCUUCAUUCAAGAUUCGGUGGUUAUUCAUGAAGGAGAUCCGGUGAAGUUCAUGCUAUUUAUCAUUCGCGGUGUUUUGGAGAGUAGCACGACAAAUGGUGGCCGCACGGGUUUCCUAAACACAGGUUUGGUCCAGGCAGGAAGUUUCUGUGGGGAGGAGUUGCUGACGUGGUGUCUAGACCGGACAAGGCGAGAGCACCUGCCGUCGUCGACGAGGACGAUCACGGCGUUGGUGGACGUGGAAGCGUUUGCGCUGGAGGUUACGGACUUAAAAUAUGUGGCAUCGCAGUUUAAGCGGCUCCACCGGAAGGAGUUCAUGCGGACGCUUAGGUACCAUUCCCUUCAGUGGAGGACGUGGGCAGCGUGCAGCAUCCAAGCAGCAUGGAGGCGGAAAAAGGCGAGGGAUCGGAAGCGAAGGCAGAUGAUGCAGGAAGCGGCAAUGCAAGACAUGAAUCUUUCUCUAGGAACGGCGAUGCGCGUUGCUCGUUUCGCGGCGAACGCGAUGAAGACCGUGAAGAGGAUGAGGAGCAGGCCUUCUGUAAUCCCUCCACUGUUCAAGCCCCCAGAUCCGAUCAUGGAAGAGGACGACAUUGUGCCGCUGUUUCCAGAUACCGAAGCGGAUGCAGUUGGGAGGGAAGUAGGUGGUCCCGCGGUUCCCAAGAGUGGGUUCCUUGGCAGUGCUGUGCCCAAGAGUGGCUUCCUUGGCAGCGGUGUUCCCAAGAGUGGAUUUCUCGGCGGCGGCGGCAGUGUGCCGAAGAGUGGAUUCCUAGGAAGCGGUGUUCCGAAAAGCGGAUUUCUUGCCAGCGGUGUGGCAAAGAGCGGGAUGUUGCAAAGCGGAGUUGCAAAGAGUGGGAUGCUUAGCAGCAGUGUAGCAAAGAGCGGUCUUCUGCGGGGUAGCAUUCCACCAAGUGGUGUGUUGCGAGAAAAGCCAAGCAGCAGUGUAGCUAAAAGUGGUUUGUGGGAAGAGACUCAUUUCACAGUCUACAAGGCAUCUCCAUGCGUGCAAUGCCUUGCAAAUAUGACGGGACGGGCAGUGCCUAAUGGUGUGACAGCUUGUGAGACAAACCUCGCUGCUCCGUGCACAGGCGCGCCGUAUCGUGGGACACCCCACAGGUACACCUUUGUGCGGCGAGCAUAGAGGAACGCUGGUCAGUGCACAGGCACGCCUUUGUGUUGCAAAUGUACAGCACCGCAUCCUCAUCGGGAACGCAACGAGAUGGAUGCCGUGCAGCUCAGUCUCAUGUUUGCGAUUCCGCAUCGACACCGCCGGAUGGGAAUCGGGGUAAACAAACAAGGAGGUAAACCCAUUGAUCAUUUGAUAAGGAAUUACCGAUGACAUCAUCGGAAUUACCGAUGACAUCAUCGGUGAUUCCACACAGCCGAUCGACUAACCUGGUGGCUGUAAUGCUGGCUGAAUCAAUAUGAUUUCCGUCA